ACCAACUUCCGGUUUCUUUUCGUGGCGUGCGCGCAGCACGGAGUGGCCGUGGUUCUUUUCCGAUUUGUCAAAAUGGGUAUCGACAUCAACCAUAAACACGACCGCAAAGUGCGGCGAACUGAACCCAAGUCUCAGGAUGUCUACCUGCGACUUUUGGUCAAGCUCUACCGUUUCCUGGCAAGACGUACCAAUGCCAAAUUCAACAAGAUCAUCCUGAAGCGUCUGUUCAUGAGCAAAAUUCACAGACCACCAAUUUCCUUGGCACGUGUCGUGAGGUUCAUGAAGAAACCAGCACGUGAGAACUGCAUUGCUGUCGUUGUUGGUACAGUCACUGAUGACGCCAGGAUCUUCGAAGUUCCAAAGUUGACUGUUUGUGCCCUCCGUGUAACUGAGAAAGCACGUGGACGAAUCCUGAAGGCUGGCGGUGAAAUAAUAACAUUCGACCAAUUGGCACUGAGAGCACCAACAGGUAACAAGACAGUCCUCAUGCAGGGACGUCGUAAGGCACGUGAGGCUGUCAAGCACUUUGGACCAGCUCCUGGUGUACCUCACUCCCACACGAAACCCCUGGUUCGCUCUAAGGGAAGGAAAUUCGAGAGGGCUCGUGGUCGCAGGCGCAGCUGCGGCUACAAGAAGUAGACGAUUAUAUUCAUUCUGCCUCGGUUUAUUUUUUCCUCCAACAACAAUUCAAACUCAUGUUUUUCUUGUGUACGAAAGGGCUGGGAGAAAUAAAUUGUGGUAAUCGUAUUUUA